AUGAGAUAAUGGAAGAUGAUGGCGAAGAUUACUUUGAAGAAGAGUAUAUGGAGGAUAAUGCUGAAGUCUAUGAAGGGGAUGGUGGGGAAGGGGGUGGAAUUUCCCUUGCUGGGAUAUGGUGGGAUAAACAAGCACUGGCUAUAGCUGAAGAGGUUAUUCUUUCAUUUCAUGGUGAUCUGAAGAUUUAUGCUUUCAAAACAGUCUCUAAUUCCACCGUUCAAGUGCGGAUUGAAAAGCUUUCUAACAACACUAAUGAGGCUGUUUGGACUGAUGGACCGUGGGAGAACUACUCUUGGGGCAAUAUGGGGCUGGCUUUUCGUCGCCUUCUGGGUCGCAACCGAUGGGUUCCCAGCCGAGGAUCUCGUCGAGAGGCUUCCUGGCCAGCCGACGGUUGGUUUUAGACAAUUUGCAGGUUAUGUCGAUGUGGAUGUCAAUGCCGGAAGAAGUUUGUUUUACUACUUUGCUGAAGCUCAGCAAGAUCCCCAUCUCCUUCCCCUCACUCUCUGGCUCAAUGGAGGUCCAGGUUGCUCUUCAGUUGGCGGGGGGGCCUUUACAGAGUUGGGACCCUUUUAUCCCAAAGGUGAUGGUCGAGGGCUUCGGAGAAACUCCAUGUCCUGGAAUAAAGCCUCUAAUCUACUGUUUGUGGAGUCACCUGCUGGGGUAGGAUGGUCAUACUCAAACAGGACGUCAGAUUACACUUGUGGAGAUGACUCUACCGCAAGAGAUAUGCUCACCUUUAUGUUGAAAUGGUAUGACAAGUUUCCAGCUUUCAAAGAUAGGUCUUUUUUCCUUACAGGGGAAAGCUACGCAGGCCAUUACAUUCCUCAACUAGCUGAUGCAAUACUGGACUAUAACAUUCACUCAAAGGGCUUCAAGUUCAAUAUCAAGGGAGUUGCUAUUGGGAACCCAUUACUUAAUCUAGACAGAGAUGCACAAGCAACCUACGAAUUCUUUUGGUCUCACGGAAUGAUUUCUGAUGAAGUUUGGCUUGCAAUCACUAGAGAUUGUGAUUUUGAUGACUAUGUGUUGACCAAUCCACACAAUGUAACCAAAUCUUGCAACGAAGCCAUCGCUGAUGCAAACGGCAUUGUGGGCGAGUACAUAAACAAUUAUGACGUUCUUUUGGAUGUAUGCUACCCCUCCAUUGUUGAGCAAGAGCUGAGAUUGAAGAAAUUGGCAACUAAAAUAAGCAUGGGAGUUGAUGUGUGCAUGACUUAUGAAAGGCGUUUUUAUUUCAAUUUACCCGAAGUUCAAAAGGCUCUUCAUGCUAAUCGUACUAAUUUGCCAUAUGAAUGGUCCAUGUGUAGUGACAGCACAUUAGAUUACAAUUACAAUGAUACAAACAUCAACAUGCUUCCUUUACUACAGAGAAUAGUCCAAAACCACAUCCCACUUUGGAUCUUCAGCGGCGAUGAGGACUCAGUGGUGCCAUUGUUGGGGUCUAGGACACUGGUCCGAGAGUUGGCUCUUGACCUUAAACUCAAGGUCACAGUACCCUAUGGAGCUUGGUUUCACAAGGGCCAAGUUGGUGGCUGGGCUAUCGAGUACGGCAACACACUGACCUUCGCAACAGUGCGGGGGGCGUCUCAUAUGGUACCCUUCGCCCAACCCUCUAGAGCUCUGCAUUUGUUCUCUUCAUUUGUAAGAGGGAGGAGGCUCCCCAAUUCUACUCGUCCUUCCAUUGAUGAUUAAACAAAGAAACAAAGUAAUAUAUUUGAUUGUGUUUUGUUC